CGUCACAUACCGGAAAGGAAGCCAAGGACUAACAACAACAGCGAAAUCCUACUAAAAACAUGACCACGGCAGCUCUGACAGCUGGACUGGAGCGCAUCCCCGACCAGCUCGGGUAUCUUGUUAUCAGUGAAGACGGAGUUCUGGCUUCUGCAGGAGAGCUGGAGAACGACGAACACACGGCUGGUGUAAUGAUGCAAAUGGUGCGAACAGCAAGCCACUUCAGGUUAUCAGGAUCAGUCGAUGUACCCUUUAAGCGCAUGUCAGUGAUCCUGGAUGACUUUGUUUACACAGUGACCGUGUCUGCUCAGAAAGUAUUUGUGGUAAAACGGCAACAAAACCAACGAGAGCCUGUCAACGUAUAAACAAGAACUGGGAGCAGUGGGCUUCAUUAAGCUCCAGUUGUUACAGUUGAGCUACUGUUAAAU